ACUGGGGACGUUACAGCAGGAAUAUACCGAGAUUAUAUACCGAGAUUAUAUACCGAGAUUAUAUACUGUUCUUGUAUACACUGAGAUUAUAUACUGUAGCCGCCAUGUCUGUGGGGAACGACUUUGGAAACCCUUUACGGAAAUUUAAACUUGUUUUUUUGGGCGAACAGAGCGUCGGAAAAACGUCCCUGAUCACGCGCUUCAUGUACGACAGCUUCGAUAACACUUAUCAGGCAACCAUCGGGAUCGACUUCUUAUCCAAAACCAUGUACCUGGAAGAUCGGACGGUGAGGUUACAGCUGUGGGACACUGCAGGUCAGGAACGCUUCAGGAGCCUCAUCCCCAGCUACAUACGUGACUCUACUGUGGCCGUGGUGGUGUACGACAUUACAAAUGUGAAUUCCUUCCAGUUGACCUCCAAGUGGAUCGAUGACGUCAGGACAGAAAGAGGAAGUGAUGUCAUCAUCAUGCUGGUCGGCAACAAGAUAGACUUGGAGGAGAAGAGGCAAAUCUCAAUCGAGGAAGGUGAGCAGAGAGCUAAAGAGCUGAACGUGAUGUUCAUUGAGACGAGCGCAAAAAGUGGCAGCAAUGUGAAACAGGUGAGAGUGGCUGCUGCUCUGCCUGGAAUGGAGAACAUGGAUGAGACGAACAAGGAGGGUAUGAUUGACAUCAAGCUGGACAAAGCGCAGGAGCCUCCUGUCAGCAACAGCAGCUGCUCGUGUUAAUACAGCGCCCCCUCAUGGACACCUCUGCACACACACCUGCUUGUUCUGUUGCUUCCCACAGCUUGGCAUCUCGACUGGACGCAGGCUUCCUACAUCCGACUGAACUGACAGUGAUUAAAGCUCUCUCUCUCUCUUUCACUCAAAAAAUAAAAAAGUAACAUUCAUAUUGUCCAUCCAAUAACGACAUAAUGUAAAUAAAUCAAACAAAGACAAGCUGUUAGACUGAUAAAAGGACUGAUGAAAUGACAAAGUCAAGCGAUGAUAAUAUAAUGUUUUGAGAAAUGUUACGUCAUGUUGCGUUUUGUAGUCUUCUACAUCAAAAGAUGGGGACAGGAAGUAACAGCAGAGCGCAGGGUCAUUUCUUUAUCCUUACAAUGCAUGUAAGCCGAGUUCUGGAGUCACUUACGUCUUCAGGUCCCCAGCAUAUCGUCAGCAAUUCCAUAAAGGUCUACAGAUGGCCGCUUUAAUCUUAAAGCUGCGAUAUAUGAAAUCACUGGUUGAAUGAUUAAUUUCACCCGAUAAUAAAUGUCUCUCUCGCAUGUUUUUUAUGCUUUCGUAAAUUAAAGUACAAUAGCGCUUUUGAGAAGAGCUGAAGCACUCCCGUUAGGGUCGAGUGUCCACGCUGAGGUCUGCCACGUUGUACUGUAUUGUAAAUAGUAUUUCUAUUACCAUGAACACUCAUCAUAUUAUUCGUGAUGUGUGUGUCUGUGUAAAAUUACUUUUUGAUAUAAUAAGGGCUUAACUCUGUUUCGUUCCAGCCCACACCUUCAUUGUUCUUCAUUACGUUUUCAGCUCCGUGUCAGUUCUAGUACUGAAGAGCAAAAACGAGGAGAACAUCCAAAAUACUCAAAAAGUGUUCUUGAUUUUGCCCAAAUUUCAAGAAUAAACAAGUCAGCGAUAUAUAUAAACUCUAUAAUAAUAAGCUGCACUACUAUGAUGGACAUGAAGAUAUGUAGCUAUGUUUGUGAUUAUUUAUUUAAUUUUAAGUAGUGUGUCAAAAUUUAAUGCAAAAAAAAAAAAUAGAUGAAAAAAAAAAUCAGGUCAGAUAGCUGUUUAAUAAUUACACAUUUGGAAUAGUCACAGCCAUUUCUAAUCUAGAUGAGAAAUAGUGUCUUACGGCUUCCAAGCCACCGGGGGCACUGUACCGCUUUAUUAUAAUAAUAAUAGAUUUUUUUUUUCAUCAUUUCCAGUUAUUAUGUGUCAGGUUUUCACAGGGUGCCUGCUGCACCUUGAGAACUCUUAUCAGAGAUAUGAUUAUGCAUGUCAGAAGAAGGCUAGCUAAGGUAGCUUGAUAGCUAGCUAGCAAAAAUACAGCAUCUAUGUUUUUAAACCUAUUCAAAUGUCGAGGAUGCGUUGAUUAUUGACCGUCACUAAAUCCAUCAGUUGUUCAUUCGGUAAAAAAACUUUCAUUAGCUUUCACUAACCUUUUUGUGUUUGUCAAAUUAGCCACUUAGCAAUUACCUUUUGUAGCUUUAUAAAGCUACCUACGUUAACAUCAUGGAUUGUGAAGAUGAAAGCUGCUAGAAAUGACCCAACAAAAUGAACUCAAACACUAAUGAUGUUUUGUUUUACUGAUGAUUUACCCAUGAGAUUAGAUAAAAAAUGCAGUCAAAUUAAAAAAGUAAAGAUUUGGUUGUUAAAUAUUUGCUAAUUUGAUACAGUGUUGUCUGUUUAGUCGAGUUAGCUAGCAAUAAUUUCCUGCGGUAACACUUGCUAGUGAGCUAGUUAUGCUUUGUAGACUUGAAGCUGCUGCUAGUAUUGAAGCUAAAGGCUAGUAUGUAAUGUACGCACUGCUGUGUAUUUUUGAUCCAACUUGAUAUCAUGGGUGACUUGAUUUUACUGACCCACAAACAGGUCCAUCUCAAAGACCCAAAAUUCAUAGUGACAGAGGUUGAGGUGAGAUUCUGUACAUUUAUUUUAACUAAACAUUGUGUGUGGAAUUCUGGAAAAGUAUGACAGGAAAUAAGGAAUUUGUGCAAGUUAAAUAUGUCAACAAUGUCUGAAGGGAACUUUAUUAGGGAGCUAGAUAAGUUACCAUUUUAGUUGAACACUCAACAAAUAUAAGUAGUAAUAUCAAAUUGAUAGCUAAGUUAGAUUGUCAAUAAAAUCUAACUAAAAGACAGCCAUUUAGCCAGUUAGCUAAAACAUUUACAAGUUUUGUUUAAUUGAAAAAUCCUUCUAGUUUGAGACAAACGGAGGCAAAACAUAGCUAUCUGUAUCCUACAGCAACGUUUACCUCAGGUUAGCAUGAGCUAAGUUGUGUCUGGGAAAAGCUUUUUAAUCUAUGUUUGUUUGUUUGUUUGUUUGUUUGUUUGUUUAUCUUUCUUUCUUUCUCUGGUGUUGUAUUUGCUCCAUGACACACGGUUAUUGAUUUUUUAUUUUUUUUUUAUAUCUUGCACUUUGUUUCAGUGUCAUAAUGUUAAGAAAUAUGUAAAGAUUAGCAUCACAUUAAGUGUUCUGGAGUGUAACUAAGAUGUUCACUGUCAGAUGAAUGUUAUGGUUUAAAGCAUGUAGAAUGUAGUGAAAAGCUGUGGCUCAAGUCCACGCUGUGAUAUUCAGGUUGUUGCACUGAUUAUGUUAAAGGAAUGUGAAAUGUUUACUUAACACAUUAGUAAUAGCUUCUUUAAUAUUUUAUGAUAACGUCUUACGUUUACCUGAAUGCACUGACACCACUGUGUGUGUGUGUGUGUGUGUAUGUAUGUAUGUAUAUAUAUAUAUAUAUAUAUAUAUAUAUACAUAUAUAUAUAUAUAUACAUACACACACACACACACACACACACACACACACACACACACAUAUAAAUAUAUCUAGACAGUUAUUAUCUAAUUUUAUCCCAGGUUGUUUAGUUAGUCUACUAAUAGAUACGAUAUUAGCAUUUAAAAAUGGCCGCCAUCGUGAUGGUCAUCAGGAAUUGUUAGGAAAUCUCUAAUUAUUGUAUUUAUCAAUGCAGCAGGUAACUAAGGAAAGCCACUGUAGUGAAUAGAGAACCGAUUACCUUCUUAUGUAUUGUUUCGUCUCUCACGUUUUCAUAUUUCAAUAUUUAACCUGAAACGUACGCUUUACUUUUUUAUCACCUUCUACAUUUUUGUGACACUAGUGUGCCUUCUGUUAAUCUAACACCAAAAUGCAAAUGUACGGUAAUCUAUAUACGGUGCGUUCAAAUGGAAGUCGUGAAAACAAUCCUGCUACGUGUGAGCUAGCUAACGAACCCAGGUUAGCGAUCGCGCUGCACGCUGUAUUGUCGUUAAACCAUUUCUAAAGAUGAUAUAAAGACGGGGUUUUAUCAGGAAUUUCUCAGAUUUGUUCUUGAAUUCCUAAGAAAAGACUUCAUAGGAAAAUGAAAUGAGAAAGUAUUUAUUACACUUAGCAUCAUCACCUGCUGAACAAAAUUCCAUUUGUUAUGAAUACCACAAGAGGGAGCCCUUCACAGACACGACUCCAUCUGAACACAGCGUUAAACUCACCAUGAGCGAUUGUCAUUUCUGAAGUAAGCGACGUUGAUAUAUUUGUAACGUUAUUGUGUAUUGUCAUGACACUGAUGAGGUAAAGACUCAUUUUAGGUGAGGAGUAUUUUAUGUACAGUCAGUGCAGAGCCGUUAUCGGACCUGUCGGUGUGGGGUCAAAGCUGAACUCAAGUCCAUUCUGUAAAGCCAUUUAUGAGCAUGACAUUUGUCUGAAAAGAUCAAUAAACUGUCUGUGUUAAAAAUCA